UAUAAAAGGCUUUUUAAGUGAAGAUGACCUAAAAAUAAGUGUUGCAGAGCAGAGGAAGCUCAAGUAGAGAGAAAUUUCAGGAACAUAAGUAAGGCUCAUGGCGGCUCUCGGUUAUGGGCUUUUAGCUUUACAUCUAGUUAACUAUGGACAACUAGCUUUACAUCUAGUUACCUAUCGACAACUAGCUGCACCGUCUCGACCCUCAGUUUUGUCCCCAACAGAAGAUUCAAAAAAUAAAUAAAACCCUGUAAAUUGGAGGAUUGCUGAGCCUCAAAAGUAAGCUGGAAUUGAGAGAAUACUAUAGGAGCCGCAACAUGGAAGAACAAGGCACAGGAGGCGACCAGACUCCUCUUUAUUCUCAGGUCUAUGACAAACUGCAGCAGUUUCGCAACCAUAAUUUUAACCUACAGCAGCAGCAUGGGAUUGCGCCUUUCAAUGGUGCAAGCUAUUAUAAUGGGACUGCGCCUUCUAAUGGUGAAAGCCAUAAUAAUAAUAACCACUAUCGUCAAGAACAGGCACAGAGACAAACUCUGCAGCAGGAACAAUUUCAAAUGGUGCCGCAAAAACUACUUCAAACGCCGCAGCAAACACAUAUUCAUAGACAAAUUCAGCGGCAGCAGCAGCCGCCUAUCAUGAAAGUGCAAAUUACGCAGCGGCAGCAUAUGAACAUGGAAAUUCCGCGGAUUGACCUGCAGCAGCAGAACCAGAAUGGUAAUGUGCAUCCGCAAGAUAUGGGUAUGCAAUUUCAGCCGCGGCAGAAUAUAGAAAUGGAAAUUCAGCAAAUGCAGCUGCUACAGCAGCAUAAUAUGGAUCAGAGCAAUAAUGUGAAUGCCAAUGUGGUUUCACUCACGGCUUCUCAUCCUAUUCCUCCACCAGAUGGAGAGAAAAGGAAACGUGGAAGACCAAGAAAAUUGUUUAACCAGGCGGACAAUCGGGCUGCCAAACUGCCUUUUGGUUCUAGCAAGACGCCUCGGUACCUUCAAUUUGAGUAUGGGGAACCAGGACUUUUUCGAGUCAUUGUCAUUGCACCUGGGGAGGAUGUGCACGAGAAAGUUAUGUCUUUUUAUCAACAACAGACAUCCUUAACUGUUUGUAUAAUCUCUGCAAAAGGAAUUAUUUCUAAUGUGGAAUUUCAAGAGGUUGAGUCUAGAAGAAUUGUAAACCAUAAGGGAGAGUUCGAAAUUCUUUCUCUGUCACGUUCGUACACAAAGGACAAUAAUGGCCUCCGUGUUACAUUGAUUCAUUUAGAUGGCAAGAUUUUCCGGGGCAUAGUUGGAGGACUCCUUAUUGCAGCAAGCUUUGUAGAGGUGGUAGUUGGUGUUUUCUCCUCCAACGCUGUGUAUAUCUCAGGACAAGUUGGAGGUAAAGGACCUUACACUGAUAAUGUACGAGCACUUACUACUGAGACACCUAUCUCCAUUUCAGGGCAACCAAAUGCAGAAGUAAUGACGCAAACGAGGGCAAUCUCCAACAAAUUACAAGAUCUCAGCGAUGAACAAUUACCGAAUAGAAAGUUGGGUGUCUAGACUAAACCUUGCCAUCUACAUGUUGCCUAACAACAAUGUGUGCUCAAAGUGGAUUGUUCUAGACACCCAACUUUCUAUCUGAUAAUUGUUCAUACACAACAUGUGUGCUCAAAGUAACUCUGCCCAGAGCUUAAUUAUACUCAUAACAGGAGUGUCAUAAA